UGUGUGCUAUCCCACCCUUCCCACCUCUACUCUUAUCCUUCUCCAUCAACUAUUGAUGCUCCCCAAAGAGCGUUCUUGACAAGGUCCAACUAACUUGGCAACAGGUCGAUGACGAAUCGCGAAUCGCGACCGUGAUGAUCGAUCAUCGACUGAGCGACCUGAUGGGCUGAUCGUAUCGAACCGACCCGCUGCGUCAACAAGCCCUACACCGAUUCGUACGACUGUCACGACGUCCCUUCAAUACGGUCUCACCGCCCACCAUGCCCAGCAACGCCCAAAUCGAUCCGCUCCUCACCGAGCUGUUCGAACGCUCCCCGCUCCCGCCUCUCGAACCCGGCAAGACCGUCUAUUCGACAUCGCUUCAGACCCGCAUCAAAUCCCUCCAGACGACUCCGGCUGUCAAGGCCGCUCUGAACCUCGCCAACGACGAUAUAAAGGGCUGUCACGAUAUCGUCGAAAAGAUGCAAGGCGAGAGCACGGCCGAUUGUCUUCACGCGAUACUGCAUCGGCGAGAAGGCGACUAUUGGAAUUCGAAUUGGUGGUGGUCCCGAAUCCAACACCCCCUAUUCCCGUCCACCCGCCAAUGCAAAACCUUUGUCAACGCCUGCGAAAAGUCGACUCCGGGAUCGGAAGAGGACGGAGAAUUGCGAGAGCAACAGUGGCAAGAGAUGAAGAGGGUCGUCCGAUGGGUCGUCGAUAACAAGGCUUGAGAGAUAUAGGGGGAGGUGCGGUCCGAGAUAGGGGUUAGGGAUUGUAUCGCUUACGUCCAACUGUAUCCAUACUUCUUAGCGGCACUCCGAAUCCAUGAAUCGAGUACGAUAUUAUAUGACUCCGAAGAUCCGUCUCUCAGGACCCAUCAGCCAUGAUAUAGUCAUCGAGAACGAUGGAUCACGAAUGGCCGCACGAAUUCGUGGUUCACAUUCGCCGUUUCUUGGCCUUCCCAUCAGGUUUGGCGUUCUAAGCCCUGCUCACUACGGAGAUAGCUCAGCUUCAUGACCUGGACUCAAAGGCGCUCUAGAUCAUCAGCCGUGAGAGUGUGCCUUGUCCCCCUGCCUUGAGGAUCUGCUCGAGCAUUGCCACACAUUUGUCUCUUGCGGAUGGUAUCCAGACUGGCGCGAGUGUAUACUGCAUCGACAGGUGUAUGAGCAGGUAGCCACAGUC